AUGUCCUCGCGCGCCUUGCGUAAAUUGCAAAAGCAAAAGCUAGAAGAGCUUUCUGGCUCUGAUAACGAAGACUCGCAAGACGAAACACCCGUUGCUCCACAAAGAAACUUGUUUGAUCUGCUUAAUGAAGGCGACGAUGUGGGGGAAGACGACGAAGAAGAUCAUGAUGACGAGAAGGUUGAACGCACAGACGAAGCUGCCAGUGAAGAAAAGACCACCCCGGUUGUAGAGGAGGAGGAAGAAGUGAAGCCCAAGGCAGCAGCAACUUUCAAAUCGAAAAAGAACAAAAAAAAGAAAGCAAAAGCCAAGGCUAAGGCAAAGCAGAAGGAUGUCUCGGAUAUGAGCAUGCAGGAGCUCGAUGAAGCCCUGAAGGAGUUGAAGGGCGCAGGUGGUGAAAGCAGUCAAACAUCAACAAACGACACAGCAUAUGCGAACUCGGCCAACAACCAAUUCAUCCACGUCAACCAACGAAACCUUGAUGCUGAAGCCGAGAUGAAGCGUAUGUUUGGAUCCCGCAUUGUCAACAGCGAAACUCGGGGCCGUGUCUUGAAGCGUUCCAAACUGGCCACACCCAAAGUCGAUUGGCCACCGUAUAAAAGAAACGGAUUGGCCAUGGAGCUAUUGGAAAAUAAGCAUGGUGUGUCCUAUUUUGCAUUCAAGCAUAACGAGGAGUAUCAGGACGCUCAACUCGAGUUCUUGAACUCUGUGACAACCCACGAUCCAAAUGCCCUCAUGUUCCUUGUCAGUCGCAAUCCUUACCACGUCGAUGGAUUACUGCAAGUAUCAGAAAUGGCCAAGCAAAGCGGCGACUGGACAGUGGCGGGUGACUGCAUUGAGCGUGCACUGUAUGCUUGUGAGCGCGCAUUCCAUCCACACUUUACAUUUGGCUCAGGAACGGUUCGGUUGGAAUACCGCCGUGCAGAGAAUCGCUCCUUCUUCUUGGCAAUCUUCAAACAUAUUCAAUUCCUCACACGUCGCGGCUGCUGGCGGACCGCCUUUGAGUUUUGCAAGCUCCUCCUCAGCUUAGAUCCAGAGAGUGAUCCACUUGGAGCAAUGCUUGCUAUUGAUUCGUACGCACUCACGGCAAAGGAAUACUCGUAUGUUGCGGAUAUGGCAUCUACAUGGAAAACGGACGGCAAAUUGUAUCCAGUCAAUAUUCAAUCCCUUCCUAACAUGGCCUAUUCGUCUGCCUAUGCCAAAUUCAAGCUGGCACCCAAAGAGUCUGAUACACUUUUGCAAGAGGCCAUUAAAAAGUUCCCUUCCGUUGUUCCGCGGUUGAUGGACAAACUCGGUGAAUCAGGAUUUGAUGACCAACCAUUCUUACAAACAUCACCCAACGUGUACCUCGAUCUCUUACAACAAUUAUUUGUCGAACGCACAUACGAAUUAUUCAAAGAACCAGAAGUUUUAUCGUGGCUCAAAGAAAAUGCUCGUGCUGUCGCGAAUAAACUGCAGAACGCAUACAAGCGCGUGGAUUGUGCCCAAAACGAAGAAAUACCGCUCACUAUCUCACGCCACAUCGUACUCACUGAUAUCCAACAGCUGCUCAGCUAUCUGCCAUCCUCUGUCACAAGCGAGAGCUAUCACAUGUAUGAUCCUCUACCUCCGCCCGACUCGGUGGUUGGCUAUGAUUUGGAUGACCGGAUGAGACAGGCAGGAUCUGCAGACCAAGGAUUUCUAGACAACAUUUUACGGAACCUUUUAGGUGGCCGGAGGUUGCCAGCAGAUCGUAUGCGUGAGAUCCGCGGAUUAGUACAACAAGCACGUGAGCAGCAGAACCAGCGAGGUGAUCAGUUACCAGGAGCAUUUCCACAAGACGAUGACGAUGAUUUCCAGGGUGACGGACAUCACGCUACAGAUCAAGACGUUCAAGAGCUGUUGAAUGCUGUGACGGAGGACGAUAUUGAAAUACAGCAAGCUCUUGCAGCAGAAUACGAACAACACGAAGAACAUGACAAUACACGACCACGACAAUAA